AUGCCUCCUCCAAGCAGACAUCACUACUCGCUUGAACAACCUCAGUCUUCUUCCGCAAGACAACAGAAAGAUAGGAUAUCGAUUACAUUAUCUGAACACGACCCACAGGACCAGGUAUCUCGUCCAAAUACUGCACGCGAUGAAUACAUACAACACGGAUAUACUUCACAUUCUUCUGCGGAAAUGUAUUCUACCUCUUCCACAAAUCUGCCCUCCCUCAUGCCAGACUAUAUGAACCAGCCAGCACCCAAUGUUACAGGCCAUACUUAUCUCGCCACCUCCUCUCUAUAUGAACCGCUACAUCUGUAUCAAAGUCCUCAACAAUAUUCGUUUCCGCCUACAUCCGAUACAGGGGUCGCCGCGACGCCAGCUCUAGCUGAUGGCUUUUCUACUCCGUAUAGCGUUUCACCUGCUCCAGAGGACCAAGUGCGAAUUGUAAAUUCGCGACCGAAACCACAGUGCUGGGAUCAUGGAUGUAACGGCCGCGAAUUCUCCACAUUUAGCAAUCUACUGCGCCACCAACGUGAAAAAGCAGGCACUGCUACGAAAUCGGAGUGUCCUCAUUGCGGAACUGUUUUCACUCGGACAACCGCACGAAAUGGACAUCUUGCACAGGGCAAAUGCAAAGCGAAGCGCGAACAGCAAUAGCACCAGCAGCAGGAACAAGGCCGCUGUGCGCUGUUGACAAACCCUGAUUAUCUACCAAAAUACUUAUUUCCCUUUUUGCUCGUAGCGGGCGUUUCAUCUUCUGGAGGCGCCUUUUGACAGGUGUAUACAUUGGGAGACUGGAGCCCGGAUUGCUCUCUCAGUCUCCUUUUCCUCAACUCUACCCACCUUGUUAUACACGAAAUUAUAUAUAUGACAUUUUC